CCCUCCAUCACCGCCUCCACCAACAGUCUGCCUGGAGCAUCAGCCACACCGAGAACUUCCUCCACCAGGUAUCCCUACACGUUAACCCACCCGCACCAGACCAUAACGAGGCCAUCACAGUGAAACAUGGAUCAGUCGUCUAAAGGGUUAACCUCAUCCCAUCCCCGACUCUUGCCACCUAAGGGGACAUAAUCGAGAACGUGGUGGCCUCAUCCUUCAUGUUUGCCCUCGCUUAUCAAAAUUAAAUAUCUCCCCCGUCAGCCGAGAAACAUCUGCCUUGUUACCGAGGUGGCAGAUGUCUCAGUGAUUGUGACAGAAUUCUGGUUUUUUUUCCAGACGGAAUGGCCACCACUACCACUACCACUACAACAUCUACAGGCGCCUGUCCACCGCAGACGUGGGGCGCCAACUGCUCUCAGAAGUGUCCAGAGAAAUGUCUCAACGGCACCUGCAACGCCAUUGGCUUUUGCUCCGCAUGCGAGCCUGGAUACCGAGGGUUUAAAUGUGAAGAAGAAUGUACUGGUGGAACCUACGGGAGGGACUGUCAGGAGCUGUGUAGUUUUCAUUGUCCAGGAGUUGGCCUGCAACAAUGUUAACGGCUUUUGCUUCCUGCAGGGCGGGCUGGAAGCCAAGUCUGUGUCUCCAGCCCUGCGACGCAAAGACCUGGGGACCUGGAUGUUCCUACAAUUGCAGCCCAGGGUGCGUGCAGCAAGACUGCGACCCAGUCAACGGCCAAUGUCGACAGGGAUGCCUCCCAGGUCUUCUGGGCGACUUCUGCGAUGAAAACUGUUCCUCCGGGAAACUGGGGCCAGAACUGUACAGAAGUUUGCAACAUCAAAUGCCAGGAUCACCGCUGUAAUCCUGCCUCCGGAGUCUGCAACAACUGCUCUCCCGGAUUCAAGGGAGACCUCUGCGAAAGUCCUUGCACUAAGGGCACCUACGGCGCCCGGUGCCCCAACAAGUGCAGUGUCAACUGUGGGGGCGCGGAUGCUGACUGCGACCCGAAGGACGGCAAGUGCUCAUCCGGGUGUAAAGUUGGUUGGAAAGGCGACCUUUGCACCGACAAGUGUGUAAGCGGCACCUACGGCGCCAACUGCACUCAGGUCUGCAGCAAAUUCUGCCGCGUGACGUCUGGUGCUGCAGCGACAUCUUGUCAUCACGUGUCAGGGCGCGUGCACCAAGGAUGUCUUGACGGCUACACGGGUGUCGACUGUUAUCAACAAAUUCCCGCGUCUGCCGCAGCAAUGAUUGGAGGAGUGGUGGCUGGCGUGGCACUCGCUGUUAUAGUUGUGGCAGUUGUCGUCGUCGUCGUAGUGAGACGAAAAAGGAGGUGGAAGAAGACGAUGUCACCUGACUCUGCUACCAACUACGCGAGUAUGAACGGAGCUUUCGUGGCGGAUGGCGUCACCGUCUUGGAUGAAGAUGAACUUAGCAAUGCGCGUAUCUCCUUGGCAACGGGGACGCACGUGGAGAAGGAGAAGCAAGUGUAUUACAACAUCAACCCGGACACAUCCUCAACGCGCUUUCCGACGACUCAGCUUGACUCUCUCCUCGACAGGUGGCGCUUGGACCCUACGUCACUCAAAGGCCAGUUCGAGAGACUUCCUAAAGGCUUCACUGGGUCGACUCAAACAGCACUCAACGAUGCAAACAGAGGCAAAAACAGAUACAAGAACAUUUGUGCUUACGACCACUCGCGAGUUAAACUGAGUAUCAUCGACGGAGACCCCAACAGCGACUACAUCAAUGCCUGCUACAUCAGUGGUUUCAAUGGAGAACCCAAAUUCAUCGCAUCCCAAGGUCCGAGUCGACUCAUUCUGCAGGACUUCCUACGCAUGCUGUGGGAGAAGCGAGUUCACACUGUUGUCAUGCUAACCAACCUCAUUGAAGGAGGAACUCAAAAGUGCGAGCAGUACUGGUCCGACUCUGGAGAACGGAAGUAUGGGGCAGUAACGGUAACUCUGGUGUCUGUCCGACGCACAGCAGACUACACGGUCCGCGCGCUGCAGCUGAAGCAGGAUGGUGAGUCACACUCACUCACUCAGUUUCACUUCACUGCCUGGCCAGACAAAGGGGCUCCAGUCUCGCCAUGGCCUUUGGUGGAUUUCCACAUGACUGUCAAGGAGGCCGCGGACUUGCACAAGGGCUCACCUAUCGUUGUGCACUGCAGUGCUGGGAUCGGAAGAACGGGCACAUACAUUGCACUGGACAACCUGCUGGCGGAAGCAGCAGAGACAGGUCACGUGGACUUCAACACGUGUGUCUGGAAGCUUCGUCAAGCUCGUGUCAACAUGGUUCAGACGGUGGAGCAGUACAUUUUUCUACACGAGGCUGUGUCGGUUAGUCUAGCUGUGUCAGGCACACUACUCAAGAGGUCCCAGAUUCCAGAGGCUGUUGGGAAUCUUUUCAGUCAGUCACCUGAUGGACAAAGCAAGCUUGAGGCAGAGUUUAAGAGGCUGUCUUCAUGUCUGAGACAAACCAACCUCACAGACUACUCCGCUGGUCAGAAAGAAGAGAACAAGGCAAAGAACCGCUUCCACAAUAUUCUGCCACAAGACGCGCACCGCGUGGAGCUGACGCCGGCUGUGAGCGGCGGUGACGACUACAUCAACGCCAUCUUCAUACCAGGAUACAAGAAGCGACACCAGUAUGUUGCCACCCAACUGCCCCUGGCUACUACAGUCGUGGACUUUUGGACACUUGUCCACGAAUAUCCAGUUUCUGUUGUGGUGAUCUUUCCAGGAGACCCUGCAGAAGACCACGAGACUCGAGUGGAUUUCUUACCCGGCGAUGGAGAGACGUGUCAGUAUGGACCCUAUAAACUGUCCACCCGAUUGGUAGCUACACAUGAAGGGUAUCAGGAAAUGCUUGUGAACUGCACAAAACCUAAACGACUAAAUCUGACUCUUCUGCGUGGACGCCGGGAAGUCCGCCUCCUGAAGUGUUUGCAGAGGACCCCGAGUGUCCCUGUACUCCUGCACCUGACACAGGCCGCCGCACUCGGCAUCACUGACGAGGAAACGGACGAAAGCAUCGUACUGGUCGCCUGCAGGACCGGCGCAGAGCUGAGCGGCAUGUUCGUGACGUUGGCCCACGUGCAGGCUCGUCUGGCCGACACACCUGUUUCCGUUCCUGCCUUGGUGGGUUACCUGAGAACCAUCCGACCCCAGUUUAUUUCCAGCCCCGAACAGUACCAAACCCUGUACGAGGCUGUGAAGAUGCUCGCUGAAGGCUCGUCAGUUGUUACGAACGGCGACAAGAUCUACAAAAAGAGGUCAACAGCCCGAAAACCUCAACGAGAACUCCAAGAAAGAAAGAAAAAAACGGACGACAACAGCGACGAAGAAGCAGUGUGGAAGACGAGGACUAGCGGACUGCCAGGGACACGUUAGGCGGAAAUGACGCAAUAACCGGUGGGCGUCGUAUGGCUGAUAGACACACUCACAGCUGGUGUUCCUUGUAAGCUCUGGUGCGUCUCACACCGUCGACACAAAGUUUAAUGGUUCUCCUGGUUCUCCAGACUUUUAAUUAGCUAGAAUUUUUAUGUAAUAUCGAUAAUCUGUUUGUAAGUACAGCGCGGCAAGCAACUUUACAUAGAAGUGAUUAUUGUUGUUGAAAUUUUUAUUUAUUUUUAAUAGCACUGCUGGCUUCAUUUUAUUUUUUUAUUUUUUAUUUUAUUUUAUUUUUUAGCUAUCGAUUUCAUACUGUUUGUGAGUAAAGACUAGUCAUCCCAUACUGUGGAAUACCCUGUCUGAUUUAUGUGGCCCUAAUUUUUUUUCUCAUUGCCGGGCUUCAACAUAUCCUUUCGCAGUUUAUUUCUUUUGUACAGAUUACGUUUCCAAAUUUAGACAGAAAUGGAUAAGUGAGCCUUUUUUCUAUAACAUAGCUUAAAUCUUGGGGUUUUAUACUUAAAUUCGUUAGAAUCUUGAGACAUUAAAUGAUAACUAUUUAUCUAGUUGCAGAUGUAAUAUCUUCUUCAUAUUGUGAAAUGUUUAUAUGUUUGAUUCAUAAUUAGGGAACGACUAGAGAUAAACAUUUUCAUUUUGAAAUACUUGUAUGACAGAUGUAUUAACAGUCUUUAACUCCAUAGCUUACAAAAUAUUAAAUUUUUCACAAUUAUUUUGAAUAACCACUGUGUGAGAAAUUAAUAGUUCAUUGUACUGAGUUCAUAAUUAGUUAUUAUAUAACCAGUCGUCACCUAAUCGUUGUUCAUCUUCAUGCUAUUGUUUCUCCGUUUAUAAAGUACAUUUUUCUAUGUUUGUAUUGAUGAUAAAUAAAUGAUUAUGGGAGGAAA